GUCAUGCAGUGGAUUUAAACACGUGCGCUCCAAAAUUGAUGUUGUGUAAUUUAAAGCAAUGUAAAUUGCAAGGAAUGAGUGUGGCGGUUGAAUUUCAAGAUCAAAUAUACGGUUCCAUUUUUUCUCCAUUUUAGCAUCAUCAUCGUCAUCCCAAUUUACCAAAGAGACAACACAACAAUGCUCUCCUCCUCCUCCUCCUCCUCCUCCUUCAUCUCCGCUCACGAUUCCUAUUGAGCCAGCAGAAUAUCAGAAGGCUAAUGCAAAGAAGUUAUCGCUGGAAUUGCCCGUUUCUGGAAAUGGGUUUGAUGCCAGAAUUUUGAAUCUCCAGGCAUACACGAAUUUUGAUUUUCUGCUUGCUGAAUAUAAUUUGAUCAGAUAGCUCCUGUUUGAUUAAGUAAUUGACAAAUGUAGCAUAAUUCAUUCGAGAAGGAACAUGGUUCCGUUUAAUACAUACAUACACAUACCCUGACAAGGAUUGCCUCUUAUUAUAUAACCUUAUGUAUGGUAUAGUGACAAAGUGCAAACUCCAUUCCUUUGGGGACAACAUCUGAGGAAACAGAACAAUGAGCCACGCACUCGGAAAGCCAUCUUCAGGUAAAAGGAAAUUGAGAGAUCUUCUGCUUCAAAGCGAUAAUCGAAUAUGUGCAGAUUGUGGCGCUCCAGACCCAAAAUGGGCCUCAGCAACUAUUGGAGUAUUUAUUUGCUUAAAGUGCUGUGGCGUCCACAGAAACCUUGGCCUGCAUAUUUCAAAGGUUUUGUCUGUUACAUUAGAUGAGUGGACUGAUGAAGAGAUUGACGGAGUUAUUGAGGUUGGCGGAAAUGAUGCUGCAAAUAAAAUCUACGAGGCUCAUUUUCCUGAAGGUGUGACAAAGCCGAGCAGAAAUGCUUCUCAUGAAGAGCGUUCGAAAUAUAUCAGGUCUAAGUACGAGCUUCAAGAGUUUUUGAAACCUGGGAUGCGCGUUCAGACUGGUUCUUCCAGAAAAGAAGGCAAAGUUGUACGCAAAUCUGUAUGCGAGAAGACUUUGGAAAGCAUAGCCCAGAGUACAGGCUUGAAUAUCGCAGACCAUCUGGAUGAAUAUCUUGGAGUGUUGAAAAUUAAAGUACUUAAAGGCUCAAACUUGGCUGUCCGGGACAUGCUAUCAAGUGAUCCAUACAUUGUCCUCUCUCUUGGGGAGCAGAAAGUUCAAACGACUGUGGUGCCGAGCAAUCUGAACCCGGUGUGGAAUCAAGAACUGAAUAUGGUAGUUCCAAAAGAUUAUGGUCCAAUAAAGCUGCAAGUAUACGACCACGACACGUUCUCGGCGGACGAUAUAAUGGGGGAGGCAGAGAUAGACGUGCAGCCGAUGAUCACAUCAGCUUUGGCAUUUGGGGAUGCAUCCAUGUACGGGGACAGGCAGAUUGGGAAGUGGCUGCAGUCGUAUGACAAUGCCCUGAUAGAAGACAGCCCAGUGAACAUUGUGGAUGGCAAGGUGAGGCAGGAGCUCUGGCUCAGGCUCCAGAAUGUCGAAUCUGGUGAGGUAGAGCUUGAACUCGAGUGGGUUCCUCUCACUCUAUAAUAUACAUAAUUAUAUAUAUAAUACACACACAAAGACAGCAGCACAAGUCAGUCUGUAGUAGUAGUAGGAGAAAUCUUAUUGUUUGUUGUUGGUUGAUUGAGUAUAUAUAUAUUAGUAGUAUUGUUUUUGGUUUUAGGAUGAUAUGGGAUGGGUACAAUACAAUACAAUACAACCAAA